GAAAAAGAAAAACGAUAGUUGAAUUGAAGAAAGUGAGAUAACAGUCAUGGAAGAGGAAUUAAAGAAGUCAUCUGAGAUGAACAAGAAUCACGACGGAGAGGAAUCAGUCACUGAUGAAGGGGAGAUCAUCGCCGGCGAUUCGAACGCAGCUGCGGAAGCCAUGCCAACCCUGCCGCUGAGACAUCCCUUGGAACAUUCCUGGACAUUCUGGUUGGAUCAUCCGAUAAAAAAUUCGAAAGAUAAGGCGUGGAGAGGCCAGAUCAACACCUUCUCCACCGUUGAAGAUUUCUGGAGUAUUUACAAUGGUAAACACUUUCCGAGCAAGCUGGGAUUUGGAGCCUUUUACUGUUUUAAACAUAGAAUUGAACCAAAGUGGGAGCAUCCUAUUUGUGCCAAAGGGGGGAAAUGGACUGUCACUUACUCACAUAAUUGCGACGAUUUUUGGCUUGACACGAUGCUUGCGAUGAUCGGUGAACAAUUUCACUAUGGAGAUGAAAUUUGUGGGGCAGUUGUGAAUAUUACAGAAACACACGAGAAAAUUGCUCUAUGGACAAAGAAUGCUGCCAAUGAAGAUUUUCAGCUUAGUAUUGGAAGAGAAUGGAAGAAGCAUCUGGAUUACAAUGAAACCAUUGGUUACAUAGUCCAUGACGAUGCAAAGAAGCUUGGCAGGGGAGCCAAGAAUCGAUAUACUGUGUAGCCUAUCGGGUUCAAUGAGAGAUCAUCAGCAUUUCUUUCAUUUUUUGGUGUCUAGACUUUAGAUGUUCAGUACCUCCUCUCCUGAGAUGAUCAAUGUCUUUAAUUUUUCGUUGUAGAUAUAAAGUAUUAGUUUAAUCCAAUAUUAACAGUAUA